GCGCGGUACCCCGAAUACGAGGCUUGUAAUGUCAAAUCUUUUUGUCCUUGUGAUUCAGCAAUGUCUGCUCUCAUCCAGAGCAGAGUAUACUGUACCCCACGACAGUGCAUGAGGACUUCGAAGAGCGUGGAAUCAAAGAUCUGCGCAUGCUCGAGAGAGAACCAUAGACCUGGACCGUCAAGUCAAACAGGACGAAAUCACACAGUCAACAGCAGCCCAGCUCUACCCCAGCCUUGCCCAGUCACAGAAACACAACGUAAGCUGCUGUCAAGACGCAAAUAGCCGCGUAACGCCAACCAGUCAAAAUUACGAUAUCUCACCACUUUUUUUCCAACGUCCUCCACCGACCUUGGAACGUGCCACGCUUUCCCACGCUCGCUCGCACCGUCUGCGCUCGUGAUGAGGUGAUUCCUAGCCUCUUCACGGUCAUGCGCCCACAGUCGCGCCGGGUUGGUACACUGCAGCUUCAGCACAGGUCUCGAUCUGCAGAGCUCUGAAGCCGAGGUCAUGUCUGCUGGCGCCCCAAGCCACGACUGAGUUGAGCUAUUUGGCGUCGGCGUCUUCCGGCAAUCAGCAGUGGCAGUUCACAGCACAGGCCGCUGAUUGAGCAGUCGCAAGUCUGCUUCUGGAACGGCCGUUCCAUACAAACCAAGCCUCUUUCGCAUGUGGUUUGUAUCUGUAUCCCUGGUUCUGGUCAUGCGAUCGGUCAGUCGGUCGUCUUGGCCCGCGGGACAUUCAGGCCCGAGUGAUGAAAGCGAGCUUUCAAGCACGAGCACAAGCCGGGGGAGAUCUCUCAAGUGGGUUCCUCCAGAGCUACAGCUUUAGCUGCCAGUGCGGUAGCUCGAACCGCGUGGAGAGGAUGGAUCCCUCUCGGGCAGCUGUUUGAGUUAAUAAGGUAAUGGCUAUAUAUCAUGGGUGGACUACCAUACCAGCCCUUCUCUUUUCCCACUCGUUCUUCCAAAUUAACAGACAUCAAACAAAUCGACUACUCUGCUACCUACCAAUCCUAGCCACUAUCCCACUCGGCCCAUACACCGACAGUACAACCCCAACAUCCCGUCACCUCAAGUCAAAGCCUACAUCUACCCGCCAACCUUUCUACUAUAUCUUCCUGCGCUGCUCCUAUCGAAUCAAACUACAAUAGCUACGCAACGCGACUUCUAUCAACCACUUGAUAAAUUCCCAAACCAAAGGACAAAGACACCGCAAUCGCAAUGGCAUUUGCAUACUACUACGACCUCCCACCCCCAUUGGUCGACCACCUCCACGAGCGCCGGCACCAACACGAAACCGUGCUCCAGGCGCUGGCGCGACGACACCCGCGGCCCGAAGAGCACCCGAACCAACCAGACGUGGACUACCGCGACGCAGUCAAAGAGUACCUAGUCGAGGUUGAAGUCCCAGGAAUCAAAAAGCCCAACGAAGUCACCGUCUCCUGGACGGGUCCUCGGUCGCUUCUGAUCACCGGCAACACCGCCAGGCCGGAUUAUGGAACCGCAGGAAACACGGACGUGGAAGAAGAAAAGGAAAACCCCCACACGGACGGCGUGCAUCUGCUGGUCGGCGAGAGGAGAAUCGGCCCGUUCAGACGAUACAUCAAUUUCCCCACCGAUGUCGAGAACGUCAGCGUCACUCUCGAGGCUGGCUUGUUGAAGAUCCGCGCGCCCAAGAAGGGAUACACUGAGGCUGCGCAGACUAAGGUGGAUGUCAAGCAUGAGUGAGUUUGCCUUGUUAAUUUUGGGUUCUAUAUCAUUAUUGUCGAAUCAAUCAAUCUAUCAAUCAAUCAAUCAAUCGAAAUCAUUUACUCGAAAUCCAAAUUCUGUUCCCGUGUUUUCGUUUUUUUUUUUUUUGUUUCUUUUGUUGUGUCUCCCUUUUGGUGAUCGAUGUCCAAUAAAAAAAGAGAGAGAAACGAUCAAGUACUAAUUCCAUAUGUAAUCUUUAAGGGACCACAAAAAACAUACGUUGCCUACUCUUCCCAUUAGCGGCGCUCUCUGAGUGAUGCCUUGCUUGAGGCUGGUUUGGAUGCCCGAGAGAAGAAGACUACUACUUGUUUCGUCUCAAUUGUUGGUCCAAUGUGAUGUUGACGGGAGCCACUUGACGCUUACUAUAUGGGCAAGAGGAUCAUGAUGGCUCCCUCCAAACGGAGAAGUAAUUAAGUUAGGAUCAAUAGAACUCGAACUCGAACAUUGAAACUAGCAAGGAGCA